GCGUCUGCUGCGCGCUCAGCCAAUGGGAGCAGAGUCCGGGGGAUCUAUUGACAGCGGAGGACCAAUCAGAGAGCGAGCUGCCGGGCGGGGUGCCGCCCACCGCGCACAGAGAGUAUAAAGAGAGAGAGCGAGAGCCUGCAGCAGCACAGACUCUCUCACCCUCAGACGGACUAACUGUCGGUAACGGACUCUGGACCGAGCUGGAUUAUUGUUGGGACUUUAUUCCGGAACAGUAACGGACAGUAACGGACAGUAACGGACAGUAACGGACAGUAACGGACAGUAACGGACUCUGGAUAUUUCUCUUUAUUCUGGAUUAUUUCACUCACUUCAACAUGACUCUGGAGGAGCUGGUUGGGUCCAACAGCACCGACAUAAAGAUGGAGACGGUGAGUCAGGCUCUGGAGGAGUUGCUGGUCGUGGCUCAGCGGAAGGACUGUCUCACGGUGGGAGUGUACGAGUCCGCCAAACUCAUGAAUGUAGACCCGGACAGCGUGGUCCUGUGCGUGCUCGCCACCGAUGAGGAGGAUGAAGGUGACAUCGCGCUGCAGAUCCACUUCACGCUGCUGCAGGCUUUCUGCUGCGACAACGACAUCAACAUCGUGCGGGUGUCCGGCAUGAGGCGGCUGGCCCAGCUGCUGGAGGAGGACACCGGGGACAGCAGCGGCAACGAGCCCCGCGACCUGCACUGCAUCCUGGUCACUAACCCCCCCGUGCAGCCGCUGCAGUGUCCCGCUCUACAGAACAUCAGCAGCUUCUGUGAGGAGAGUCGCUGCAGGAACCAGUGGGUCCCCAGUCUGGACCUGCAGGACCGCUGAACCGGGUCCAGUCAGACCGCUUGUGGAGCGGUGAGAACGAGUGGAAACAGUCCAAACAGCCGGCCUCCUUCUGGAGAGGAACCGCGGCGUUUGAGUUGAGACCGGACCGAGACUGGACCGAGACCGGACCGAGCCCGGAGCCUCUUCCUGCUGCCUGAUGGGCCGAUACCGGAGGGGGAGGGGGAGGGCGCGUGGACGGGUUCUGGAAGCCGGACCCGGCCUCCCGUUAGAGGAUCCGGGUCCUGGAGCUGCAGAGGCAGAAUGAACUGAGCUGCACCUGAAGGACUUCCUGCUCACCUGAGCUCAGGUGGCGCUACAGUGACGUCAUGUUUUAUUAUUUCCUGUUUGUGACACGAUGGAGUGACAUCACAGCCGAGUAUUUAAAGGAACAGUAAUAUAUGUGAUCAGCUGUUUAUUGAACCUGUUGAUUGAUCAAUAAAUUAUUGACGGAGAAA